CAGUGUUAUGGUGGAGGUGGGCGGAGGUUCAGCUGCGUGUCACUUCGCUUUUUCGUCUUUGGUGUCGUUUUUGGUGUCGUUUCGGUGUCGUUUCGGUUGAAAUAUGUUGAAUCAGUAUAUCCAGGAACUCGAACAGGAUCCCUUCGAUGGAGAGGAAUUUGUGGAGCGACUAGCAUGGCGUGUCAAUGCCAGCAUCUCCCCCCCAGGCAGCACAGAGAUCGGCUUCAAUCCCGACCUCUUGCAUGAUGCAUUCACACAGGCUAUCAAGGACCUACAGCUCCUUGACGAGAGGACAGCGAAGAAAUGCGAGCGUUUGGAAGCGGCCGUGCGCGAGGAAGAGGUGAAGCACUGGCAGAAUGUGGCACAGCUCCUGGACAACAAUCGGGAGGCCUUCCAGAGCUUCCAGGAUCUGGACAGCCACAUCAACAGCGUGGCCACCAAGGUCGUGCACUUGGGCGACCAGCUGGAGAGCGUCAACACCCCCCGGUCAAGAGCCGUCGAGGCCCAGCGGCUGAUGAACCACUUCCGCGAGUUCCUCCUGCCGGGGCCCUUGGUGUCCGAGGUGUUCACGGACAAGCUGAAGAUAUAUGAAGCAGCUGACGUCAUUCAGAAACUACACCUAAUAGCUCAAGAAUUACCCUCCGGAAAGUUUGAGAACGCCAAGCAGAAGAUCGGCGAGAAGUACGACGAGAUCGAGAGGUCGCUCAUCAUGGAGUUCGUGAAGGCGCACCGGGCAGGAGACAAGGACCGCAUGAAGGAGAUCGCGGCCAUCCUGUCCCACUUCAAGGGCUACUCGCAGUGCGUCGACGCCUUCAUCGAGGAGGCGCAGCAUGUGGGUCCCAUGGGUGUUGCUGUGGGAGCGCUGAGAUCACGAGACUUGUUCCUGGAAGUGGUCCCGCUGUGCCACCGUUCCGAGACGCUCAUCAACGAGGUGUUCACCAACCCCGACCAGGUCAUGGGCAAGUUUGUGCUCAAUAUCUUCCAGGGUCAGCUGCAGGAGUACAUCCAGGCGAGGUUAGACAACAAGAGUGUGCCGGAGAUGUACCUGCGCAACCUCCACGACCUCUAUUGCCAAACGGUGAAGCUUUGCACAGAGCUGCAGCGCUUUAAUCUCGGCAACGACUCGCAGUUCCUCUCCAAGCUGACAAAAUCCAUCUUCCAGCGGCACUUGUCGUCGUAUAUCAGUGUUGAGACAAGAUACCUGAGGGAAAAGUUCAACUUGAUAUUAAACAGAUACUAUGACUCGAAAGGACAUCAAAAGAAGAAUAUACAGUCUGGAGGCAUCAACGACAUCAGGAGGAACAUUCAGGAUGUGAUCGGCACCAAGGCCAACAUCAACAUAGGCCCGGCUGCGGAGAACUACGGGGGCGAGACCUUCCUGUCGGAGGAGGUGGCCAUCUCCCUUCUGCAGGAGACCAAGCAAGCCUUCAAGCGAUGCCAGAUGUUAUCCACCCAGUCAGAUGUUCACAACAAUGCGGUGCAGAUAUUCGACCUUCUCACCAAGGCGCUGUUGAUUGAGCACGUUGAUUAUGCAAUAGAAUUAGGGCUGCAGGUGAUCCCAGGUGGGGAAGUGCGCUCACCCCCAGAGAUCAGCUUCCUCGAAGUCGUCCACCAGAGCAGCUCCAUGAUGAACCUCCUGGAUAAACUCUUCAGCGACAGCCUCGUCCCACUAAUAAUCUCAACCCCAAAACACGGAGACUGUCUGCAGAAGAAGAAGCAGCUGGGCACCAAUCUAGAGCAGAAACUGGAUCUUGGCCUCGACCGAACCUUAUCCGCCAUCACUAACUACGUCAGGCAUGUCCUCACCACUGAACAGAAGCGCACAGACUUCAAGCCUGACAAUGACGAUAUUCUCAUUGCCAACGUCACUCCGGCUUGCCAACGUGUCGUCAGGUGGAUUAGUGUGGUGGCAGAGCGCGUGAGGGACACGUUAGAUGGACACAACGUGGAGAGUGCGUUGCUUGAGCUCGGUUUGAGGCUCCACCGCACCAUCCUCGACCAUCUGAUGAAGUUUGAAUAUAGUGCCACAGGUGCCAUGGCCGUCAUCUGCGACGUCAAUGAGUACAGAAAGUGUGUCGCGAGCUUCAAAAUCCCUCUGGUGAACUCCCUGUUCGACACACUCCACACCCUAUGCAAGCUCCUCCAGGUGUCGCCCGAGAAUUUGAAGAUGGUGUGCUCGGGAGAUCAGCUGAGUGGUUUGGAUCGCACAGUGCUCGCCAGCUUCAUCCAACUCCGGUCCGAUUUCAAGACGGCGAAACUCGGCAACCAGCUCAAGUAAUCAGCCGAGAAGAGAGACGUAAUUUUUUUUUUCUUUUUUGACGGCGAAAGACAUAUGGCGACAUUCCACUUUAGUCUGUGCCUUUGUUUUGGUGGUUGGAUGUUUAUCAUUAUUGUUUUUUUGUUUUUUUUGUCAUGAUUUUUUAAAGCUUUUUUUGAAUUUAGUUUUCUUGUUUUUUAUGUUAUUUGUUUGUCUUUUUAUCUUCAUCAUGUUUUUCCCCCCCUUUAUUUAUUUAAUUUUUUUUUGCGAGUGUAUAUAAUGACGUACUUUUAAGUUAACAAUAACUCUUAUCACCCAAAAAAUAAAUAUAUACAUGAAUAUUUCUUGCGUCUUUCGUUACUGUGAUGCAUUUAUUUAUUUUUUUAUAUUGACUUUUUUUCCGUCAUGCAUCCCUAAAAAAUACAUAAAGCACAGAAUAUCCGAUAUCUUUGUUGUAGGGUAUAUAUGUUGUAGGGUAUGAUGUCAUAUUAUACUCCGGAUAUCACAAAAAUACAUUGCCUCUUGUGUAUUUUUUUUUUAGGAAAUAUUUUCUAAGAGAGAUUUUAAAGCGUCGAUAUAUUAUUCCGCGUUCACAUAAUUUAUUUAUUGUACAGAGUGAGAAAAAUUUAACCCAGUCGAGUGAUGUGUAAGUGAGAUUAGGUAAGAAAAUAGUUUACGAUUUAUAUGAUAAUGGAAAAUACAUAAAUGAAUAAAACAAAAACAAAAAAAAAUAA